AUGAGCAUCCAGUCUCCACCCACGCUGCUGGAACUGGCAGGGCGCAGCCUGCUGAACGACAAGUCCAGGGCCAUCCUGGAUCUGGAGGACAUGCCCAUAGAGCUCUUCCCACAACUCUUUGUGGAGACCUUCAGCAGGGGACACACUGAGGUCCUGAAGAAAAUGGUGCAGGCCUGGCCCUUCACCUGCCUGCCCCUGGGGGCCCUGAUGAGGAAGCCACAGCACCUGGAUGAAUUCCAGGCCAACUUGUUCCUGUGGGUCACACGGAGGAGGGACAUGGUACACCUGUGUUGCAAGAGGCUGAAGAUCUUUGGGAAACCCACCCGCCACACUAGGAAGGUCCUGAGACUGCUGCAGCUGGACUGUGUCCAGAAGGUGGAAGUGCACUGCACCUGGGCAACCUCAACCUUGGCUGCAUGUGCUUCUUUCUUGGGCCAGAUGAGGAACCUGAGGAAGCUGCUUGUCUCCCAGGUCCGCGUGCCUGCCCACAUCUCCCCAGAGGAGCAGGAGCGGCUGCUUGCCCAGCUCACCUCGCAGUUCCUCAGGUUGGACUGCCUGCAGACGUCCUGUGUGGAUGCUGUCCUCCUCCUCAAGGGACACCUGGAGCAGGUGCUGGGGCACCUGAAGACCCCCCUGAAGACUCUCUCAAUAACCAACUGCCGGCUGUCAGAUUCUGACUGGAAUUAUCCUUCCCGAUUUCCAAAUACCAGAAAGCUCAGACACGUGGAACUGAGGCACAUCAAACUGACCAGUUUCAGUCCAGAGCCCCUCAAAAUUCUGCUGGAGACUGUUGUAGCCACCCUGAAGAGCCUGGAGUUGGAAUCUUGCAGGAUCACUGACUCCCAGCUCAAGGCCCUGCUGCCUGUCCUGAGCCGCUGCUCCCAGCUCAGGGUUUUGAACUUCCAUGGGAACCACAUCUCCAUGUCAGCCUUAAGGGACCUGCUGCUUCACACUGCCAUGCUGAGCCAGUUGAGCAGAGAGCUAUACCCUGCCCCUCUGGAGAGCUAUGAUGCCCAUGGUGACAUCCACCCUGGGAGAUGUUCCCAACUCUGUGCCGAGCUCACAGCAAUAGUGAGGGACUUUAGGCAGCCAAAGGUCCUUGUGUUCUGUGCUGUCCCAUGUACUCAAUGUGGCAGCAUGUUCCUCUACAACAAGGGCCUCUUUUAG